AUAUAAUUCACAUGGCAUGCAUGUUUCAUGUUUGACUUUAUAUAAAUGCCAAAGACAAAGAAGAUAGAGUAAGAAUCUCAAAGUAGAGAAAAAAAAACUAAGAGAGAGAGAGAGAGAGAGAGAGAGAGGAUGGUGAUAAAGAGAAUAGAGCUAUGCAUAGAGAUUAUGAAGAUAGCAAUGGAGUUCUUGGUGGUGGUGGCUGACGCCGUCAGAACCUUCUUGAGCCACUCUUCUCCGCCUCCUCAUGCUUACCACCGCCACGGCCUCUACUCUUACUCUCCCUCCCCUUAUCGCUCUUCUUCCCCUUACAUCAUCGGCUUUCUUCCCUGAGUUUGUAUAUUGUUUUUGUUUCCUUGAUAAAUGAAUGUUCAUGUACAUUCAAUAUUACUUAAGUCUCAUACGUUAUCACUUGAGCUUGUAAUUAUUUGUGUUUCGUUCUCCAAUUUCGUGUUUUAGGUUCCAAUGUUGAAAAUUUGAUGUGGAAAUAAAAUACUUGUUACCGUGGA